GGAUCAACUGAAAAUCUGAGACCAAAGUCAAGCAAACCCAUUAAACUAAUCAACCCCCCAGUAAAAGAAAAUUUUUUGCUUUCGCUUCAAUUCCCAUUUAACCCAUUUGAAAAUUAUUAUUAACAAAGAAUCUCUGGGCUGAUUUGCUACUCUCUCUCUCUCUCUCUUUUUUUCUGUUUUUUUCUCUUGAACUUGUAAGUUAUUUGAAGAAACGUCUUUAAUGGACUCUAGGAAUCCUAAAACCUCUGCAAAUUUUCGAAAGCGAUUGCCUGGGUUCUUUUCCCCAAACCAAUUUCUCGCCUAUUCAUUGCUUCUUUUGUACUGUUUGUUUGUGGGUCUAUGUUAAUCUAACCUCUUUGUUCUUGCUUCAAGUUACCUGCCUCUCUCUCACUUUAGUUUACUAAUUUAUUCAUUCCUUAAUUAUUUUAACUUAAGCUCUUCAUUACCGUUCCGGAGAGGUUGGUUUAGUAAGACUUUCAGAUUUGGUGUUUUAUGGCGGUGGCAUUCAUUCUCCAACUCCUGAAACUCUGCAUCAUUACCUUCACUAUAUCUGUUGCAGGAUUUUCAGAGUAUGGCAUACCCCCAUUUUCAGCAAAUUUCCAUGCUAUUCCUCCUACAGAAGGGACAAUUGGUCCUGUCCAUCUCAGCAAUGUACCUAUCUCAGCACCUGAAUCUGAAGGGUCAGGUCUACAUGCACCCCCUGCGUCACCACCUCUUAACUCUGCUCCUGUGCCUGAGAUGGUGAACGGGCUUUUACCAUUCUUUCCACCAAGUAUUCCAGGAGAGUCGCCACAAUUGAGCUUAGCUUCUCCUCCUAUAAUUACCACUGAAGGGCGUUUACCAUCUUUAGCACCAGCUACUCAGGUAGCACCUUCACCAGUCCAUACAGUUCCUCCACCUUUUAGUGUUCAAGGAGAUGCGCCAUCUAUCUCACCAACGGCUUCUCGUGAAAAGGCUUCAGUUAAUAGAACUUCAUGGAACUCGCCAUUAUCUACACCAGCCAUCCACCCAAGUAUACCAAAUGCUUCACAUGCUCAUUCUGAUCCAAGGAAUGCACCAAAUAAGGCUCCCUCUACGGAGGCAGUUGCUCCUGUUCCAUCUGAAGCACCUAUGAAUUCACUGAAGAAUUCAUCUGCCAUCCAGCCAAAGAUACCAAGUAUAGCACCCUAUGCCAGUCCAAGUAACUCGUCAAAUAAUACCUCUCCUAAGCCUUUUCUUAGUGCUCCAGUUGCAUCUCCACCAAGGGAACUGGAACAAGCCCCAUCAGAGGUCCAGCCAAUCGUGCCAAGAUUAGCACCAUUUUUGUUGCCGAAUCCCACUACCUCACCUACAAGAUCUCCUCAAAUUUCACCUGCUAUCCACCCAAUUGUGCAUUGGGAAUCUCCAUCUACAUUAGCAGGUUGCCCUCUCUCUCCUAUAACAAAUUCACCCCCAGGCAUCAACCGGAAAAGAGACAGAAUACCAGCUGCUGUACCAUCAAAUGAAACACCAAUGCCUUUGCCACCUGUAACACAUUCUCCAAAACAAGGUUCUUCUGCCAUAGCUCCUUCUCACAAAAUCAAGAGUCAUUCCAAUGAUGCUCCUGUUCCAUCUCUUUCAGCUCCUGAAUCACCUCCUAAUGGAGGAGAUCAUUCUCCUGCAUUGUCUCCUUACAGCUCAUUUCAUAAGCAUCCGCUAGCAAGGAACAUAAUCACAAGUCCUGCUCCAGCAUCAUAUCUAAUAUCUCCUUCCCCUUCAGGACUUCAAGGUUCUUCAGUUUCCCUUUCUCCUCUGAACUUGCCAGUUCCUUCAUCAGUAACCAAUGCUUCAUCUGCUUCUUCACCAGCUCCAACAGCUGCAUCUGGCCAGACCCAUAUGCCCCUAAUUUCCCCUACAGUUUCUCCCUCUGGGUCUCCAUCAAGGAGACCAAAGGCACCGGCCUUGCCACCAAUUCGAACAUUGCCUCCUCCACCUCCUAAUGAAGAUUGUUCUACAACAAUUUGCACGGAGCCAUACACAAAUACUCCUCCUGGGUCACCAUGUGGCUGUGUCUGGCCCAUGCAGGUUGGGCUGCGCCUGAGUGUGGCACUGUAUACCUUCUUCCCAUUGGUUUCUGAGCUCGCUGAAGAAAUUGCUGCAGGAGUUUUUAUGAAACAAAGUCAAGUUCGGAUCAUGGGAGCAAAUGCUGCUAGUGAGCAACUGGAUAAAACUAUUAUCCUCAUUGACUUGUAUGUGCAUUAUCCAGGCCUACCUCCAUCUCCACCUUCUGCCCCUUCAAACAUUACCAUAUUAGAUGGCGGGCCAUAUUCUGGGCAUGACAAUAAUGGAAGGACAAUAAAGCCCCUAGGUGUUGAUGUCCAGAAGAAACGGCGUAACAAUGAUCUUAGCAGUGGCAUGAUUGCUGUUGUUGUUCUGUCUGGCUCAGUAGCUUUGCUUUUGUGCUCUGCUGUUGCUUGGGUUUUGCUAGUGAAAAACAGGGAUCGUCCUUGUCAACCGGUACCAACUCAACAGCCCAUGCUACUUUCCCUUGCAAAACCAUCAGGUAAUAUUAAUAUAUCAAGCAACAUCUUGUUGGAACAAGAUUUCACACCCAAAGUGUCUGAUUUUGGUUUGGCUCGAACUGCCAUGGAUGAGGAGAGCAGACACAUAUCGACACGUGUCAUGGGAACUUUCGGGUACGUGGCUCCGGAGUAUGCAAUGACAGGGCAUCUUCUGGUGAAGAGUGAUGUAUACAGCUAUGGUGUUGUCCUUCUUGAGCUCCUUACUGGAAGAAAACCAGUGGAUAUGUCACAGCCACCAGGUCAAGAGAAUCUAGUUGCAUGGGCCCGACCGCUCCUCACUAGUAAAGAAGGACUUGAAUCAAUUGUGGAUCCAUCUCUUGGAGCAAAUGUGCCUUUUGAUAGUGUGGCGAAAGUAGCAGCAAUUGCUUCGAUGUGCGUUCAACCAGAGGUAUCAAACCGUCCUUUUAUGGGCGAGGUUGUUCAGGCCUUAAAACUUGUAUGCAACGAGUGUGAUGAGGCAAAAGAAAUGGAUUCAAGAAGGUCUAGCCAUGACGACUUGUCCAUAGAUAUGUGUGCUAGAGUAAGUGUUGGCUCGGGACAGUUGCCGGAUCCUUCGCAAGACCAUUAUGCAGUUGCAAACAAUGAUUCCGAACCUGAUAUUGAGAUAGGACUGUCCGCAUCAGAUUUAUUCAAUGCAUCUGCAGGAUUUGAGAGGCAGGUCUCUGGAUCUUUUAGGAGACACUCUAGUUCAGGUCCCUUGAGAACAGGAAGAAGCCAACAGUUUUGGCAAACAAUUAGGAGAUUUUCUGGAGGAAGUGUGAGUGACCAUGGAGUUAUGUUGAAGCCAAGAUCCGGAUCACGUUGACGGUAUCUAUGCUUGCAUAUAUUCAUUUCUUUCAUUUUUAAAGGCUAUGUUCAAGGCAAAUCCACAAAUCCUAUAGAAUUACUUUGCAAAUUCACACUUAUUUUAAUUGAAAGAAAUGCAUAAUUCCAUCAAUAGAUGAUAAAAACACUCCUAACGGAAUUCUUUAUGAAAUUAGGACAAUACUUUCCAAAUUUAAUCUGAUUUAGUGGAAUUUGGAAUGCAUUAUUCUAGUUUCCUAUAAAAUUCCUUAUGGUGUCAUUUUUGUACUUUUAUUUAUUUUCUAAUUGAAGUAAGUGUGGAUUUACGAAUAAAUUUUUAGAUAAAUUUUGGAUUUGUUGUGAAUAUAGCCUAAAUCUAAAAUUCAUUAUCACAAGCAGCCUUGGGUUCUCCAUGGAUACAAUGGUAGGUUGUCCAAAAUAAGAAAGUUCUUUGUUGAAAGGGAAAAA